GAGGGCACAGGUGGGACAGAGAGGUAGGAGGACAGUUAGACUCAGUGAUCAGAGAGAGCUGCAGGCGAGUUUGUACAUCGUUACGCUGUUAUAUGUUUACUGCACAAUUCUACCUUAAAACUGAGUGAAGCUUUGAGAGGGGGUUUUAAUUGAAACUCUGAUGGGUCGUUUCCCAUUUGCUUGCUAUUUCAACGUUAGGGAAAGAACGUGGCUCAGACUGGCUGGAGAAUGUGGCCCUACGGUUUAAAUUGGAUUUUAUUCUUGGACAUUUCCCAACUGGGUUUUUAAGACUUUUUCAAAUAAAAAGGAAGCAAGAUGCGCUUCUGUUUGAAGAAGAUCUUUCUGACCAUAUUUGGGGCCACGGUCACUUUUUUGCUGGUCGCUCUUGUGGAUUACCAGAUGCGAGAGGAGAGGAGCGGGAGCAGGCUGAAGGCAAGCCGGUUCUCAGUCUCCCUGAGCGGCCACAGCUCCGGAGAGGAGCCGCUGAGUGACCGGGGAGGGGGAGCUGUAGCGGGUUAUAUCGGGAAGCCCAGGGGACAAGUCCACUCCAGGUUCGCAGCCGGACCUCUCACUGACCGGGAACACAAGGUGGAACUGAGGGAUAUCUUCAUCGCUAUCAAAACCACUCGCAAGUUCCACAAAACCAGGCUGGAACUGCUACUGAAAACUUGGAUCUCGAGAGUUUGGGAGCAGUUGAAUAAUGGAGACCAGGGAUCACUGAGGCUGGAAUUGGAGGACGAUGCGUCCAGACCCAAUGACAACUUGAGCAAUGGGAAUUUUAUGAACACAGCAGAGAGGAUCCGUCUCCCUGACGACUGCACCAUCGGUUACAUCAUUGAGGCCAUCCUGGGUGUCAAUCUGAUCCACAGCCCUCUCUUUCACUCCCACCUCGAGAACCUGCAGUUAGUUUCCAAAUCCCAGGUUCAAAGCCAGGUCACUUUAAGUUAUGGAACCUUUGAGAACAAGCAAAAUAUCAUCGAGUUAAAAGGAGCGUUUUCUGUUGCUGAAGACCCUUCCAGAUUCAAGUCCAUUCACUGUCUGCUUUACCCAGACACGCCUUGGUGCCCUUAGAAGAACAGCCCUGACCUCUGCCAUCGUCAAGGUUAAAGGUCAUUGGGAUGUAGAGGUCACCACUGCCAACUCUGCACUUUUGGAAAGCACUUUGGGCCAAUUGCCUUUACAGAAAAAAUGGAGUCAACCUUUUAAAAAAAAAGAUGGAUGAAGGAAAACUAAAUAUCGAAGAGGACUGAGCUGGACAAUCAUCGGUGGAACAUUGGAGGGAAAAAUGGCUGUCCUCCCAUUGUUUCACUCAAGUGGCCCUUGGCCACAAAUAAAGGAGAUGACAUUAAGCACAAAACUUCAACUGGACCCUUGAUCAGGGAAUAUUUUAAAAGAGAAAUUAUUUUUAAAGGAUAUAUUUUCUUACUUUUCUUUUCCCUUCCUUGAAAGAGAGCUCUGGCUGAACACCUAACAGGUAGCGCUCGUUGACUGACGAUAACAACCCUGUUUGGUGGCUGGGGCAUUUGGCUAAUGAAUUCUUGUAUGUUCAACAAACAUAGCGUUGCCAGAUUGUACAGGAAAAGAGCUUACUCAUUCACUGUUUCCUGACUGCAAGGGUGAACAAUUCUGUUCAUGUUUCUUUUUUAGAAAAUAAUGUUGUUAAUUUAAAGAAAAACAGAAUAAAGAGUUAUAGUUUUCAUGA